GUGAGAGCGCGAGAGACGCCGCUGCGAGCCUGGAGGAAGUUGAGAGCGUGAGAGACGCCGCCGCCGCGAGCCUGGAGGAAGUUGAGAGCGCGUGCGCGCGCGUGUUUGUGAGUGCGAGCCGGCAGCAAAAGAGCCGUGUCUGACCCUCCGUCAGAGAGCGAGAGAAGCGGGAAAGAUGCCGCGGGUCGUCCCCGAUCAGAGGAGCAAGUUCGAGAACGAGGAGUUCUUCCGUAAACUUAGCCGAGAAUGUGAGAUUAAAUACACAGGUUUCCGCGACCGGCCGCACGAUGAGAGGCAGAUGCGGUUUCAGAACGCCUGCAGGGACGGCAGAUCCGAGAUUGCUUUUGUGGCCUCUGGAACCAAUCUAUCUCUGCAGUUUUUUCCGGCAAAUUGGCAUGGAGAACAGCGGCAAACUCCCACCCGAGAGUACGUGGACUUCGAGCGUGAUGUAGGCAAGGUGUGCCUGAAGGCUCCAAUGAUUCUUAAUGGAGUUUGUGUGAUCUGGAAAGGCUGGAUUGACCUCCAGCGACUUGAUGGUAUGGGCUGUCUGGAGUUUGAUGAAGACCGUGCACAGCAGGAGGAUGCCCUGGCACAACAGGCAUUUGAAGAUGCCCGAAGGAGAGCCAGAGAUUUUGAGGAGAGGGAGAGAUCUCAUCGGGAGGACAUGGAGGUGAGAGCAACGCAGGCAGGACCCCAAUCCCGGCUCCAAUCUGGGGAGCGGAGAUGAGCUGAAACUACGUUAAACGUGCUCUGAGCAGCCUUGCCAUGGGUCAUUGUGUGGGGAUCGAGCAGCUUUUCAGUGACACCGAAUUCUUUAAGGAAAUGAAGAUGCUUUGGCCCAGAUCAAGAACUUUGUCCUGUUCCCCACAGCCCAGGACUUUGGAUGCUCCAGUCGGCACAAACUGCCAGGGAUUGCACUAUGUCCAUGUUACAGUACCUGCAUUUCCUGUUGUAUGCAUGUAGCUGGUAGCAAUCUGUGUGUGACUGUUUUCUAUGCAAGCUGUAUUUUUUUAUUCUGUUUUGGUGAUAUUUUUACUUGUCCCUUUUUUAUGUAUUGUUUAAUUUGUUUCCAUUUCUGACCUUUGGUUUAACCAAAAAUGCAGCAAAGAAGUAUCUCAAAAUUAGGUCAUAAAAUGUUGCAGUUAAAUUAAUUUUUUUUUACAUGUGGCAGGAAACCCAGAGAUUCUAUUUUCUGCUUUUUAUAAUAAAUUCUGGGCUGAUGGACGUUAAGGGCCUUAAUUCUGUUCGCUUUUGCUUUUCUUGAGCACCAAGGAAAUGUAUUGUUUGCUUACUAGCAAUUUUUAGUUCUGAUUUUUGUAUCCUGUAAAGAGAUAGCCACAUAAGGAAGCUUAUUAUCAGAGCAAAACUUAAAACAUGUAAAAUAAAAGCAAAUUAAGGAUAAAUAGUCAACACAAAGUUGGAGAACAGAAGACUGUCCGACAUGAACGUUCAGUUUGACUUAUUUCUGUCAUUUUCCAAAUUAAAUUUGACAUGAAUCAAUAACGCCCACAUAAAAUUGAUUUCAGCCUCUUCAUCACAGAAAAGAACUGAUGCGUAGUUUCUUUAAAUCCAACAUAAUUGUUAUUUUAGGCCACCCCUGAGUUCUGCUACUAAGUAAAAUAUAUAUUAUCCUGAAUAUAGGCUGUAGUUUGGGCUGACAGAAUGUGCACUGCUUACAGUUAAAUUACAUCAUGUGCUGGACAUAUGAAAAGUGACCAAAUGAAUUCUGACAGACCCUGACGAAUGUACGAUAUGUUCGGAAUGGAUGCUAGUGGCCUUGGUGGCUAUUUCUUGCUCUGCAAUGCAUAAAAAAAUCUUAAUGCUGGCGUUAAGAUUGGGGAUGUCUGCUUUCUGCUAUUUAGUGCAAAUAAUCCAAAACUUUUAAGUUACUGGUUUUAAGUUAUUGAUGCGAUUUAAUACGGUUUUUCCGAUCACUAUUUAAGUAGAACCAAUUGCAUCGUUUUUUUACGUAGUACAUCUCCCUCAGGAGUUGCUUUGAUUUAUCAGAAUAGCUUUUGCUACCUUUUGAAUCUAAAGCAUUUUCUUUUAAAUUACUUUCAUAAUAAACUUCUGUAAAGUCAAA